AUCUCAUCCGAUCCGAUAUGUCCGACUGAUGAACCGUUUCAUACAAGAUUGAAUGACAUACCGAUAUAUCGGAAGUAUUGUCCCGUAUCGGUUAAACCCGACACGGGGUGAAGAUAUCAUCCUUGCCUUGGCCGCGGGGAGACUCGGCCUCGUCGUGAACGCCCAUCCAAGGAAGCGAUUCCACAUUCCCCUCACCUCAGCCCACGAAAAGCAUCCCGAAACCCCAAACAAAUCGGCGGCGGGCUCGCACCGACUCCGCAGCCUCUCAUGGUCUCUUCGCCUGCCGCCGCCUUGCUUCUGCCGAGCCCCGUCUUCUUCCCCGCGAAGAACGCCACUGGUAGGCCACUUCCGCCCCCACUUUCCACCCCCCGGAGGCGCGGCAUGCGGGUCGGAUGAGGAGAGACGCAUCCGUGCGCUGCCGACCUCGUGAGCGUUGAUGGGUGCUCAGAAGAGCAUUCAUGCCCGUAAUGCUAAGAUAGAUUUCAAUGUGGACCUCACUCAGAAGCUGUGUGGAGCGCUGUUGUUUCCUCAUAUCAGGCAAUCCAGCAACCCCUUUUCACAGGUUAUCGCGAGGCUUUCCAUCAAACACCCCAACCUCUUUGGAAGAAACGAGAAGUUGGACGUGUUGUGGGACAAAGGCAUUGAUGAUUUCAACAUUCUCAUAGCAUUCAGGCGUCCGAGGCCUGAUUGGCUGUCGCAGCAGUCAUUUACCAUUCAGCAUUCAGUGGCUCCUGAGAUUGCGGUGCAUGGGUUGCCUGUGGAUCAUUUCACUCGUUCAGGGAGUGGUGGUGUCAACCUGAGCCGCUCCUCAGUAGGUGUUGAUUUCAGUGAGCCUUCUACUUCCCAUUGGAGCAGCAAAACUAGCAUCAAAUUUGAGCAUGUCCGUCCUCUGAAUAAUGACGGCCAUACAAUAAACAGGGAUAUGGAUGGUUUUCCCAUAACUUCCAGUGGCAGGUCUUAUGAUAAUAUGAUUGUUCUGAAGCAAGAAUCACAAUAUGCAAUUGCCAAUGAUGAUAGAUUUACCAAAUUCAAUUUUCAAAUGGAACAAGGACUACCUCUUUUGUCGAAGUGGCUCAUUUUUAACCGAUUCAAGAUUGUUGCUUCAAAGGGAUUUAAACUGGGGUCAACUUUUUUGGUCACGAGCUUGACAGGUGGAUCGAUUGUCGGGGACAUGGCACCAUAUCAAGCAUUUGCCCUUGGUGGAAUUGGUAGUGUUCGAGGUUAUGGUGAGGGUGCAGUUGGCUCAGGAAGAACAUGUCUGGUUGCCAAUGGUGAAUUUACAAUUCCUGUGACAAAGGAAUUGGAAGGUGCCAUCUUCAUGGACUGUGGAACUGAUCUAGGAUCUGCUCGGUAUGUUCCCGGUAACCCUGCCCUUAGACAAGGGAAACCUGGCUUUGGGGUCGGUCUUGGAUACGGUGUUCGCUUCAACUCGCAUUUGGGACAGAUUCGGGUUGACUAUGCAAUCAAUGCCUUCCAGCGGAAGACUCUCUAUUUUGGCAUCAACGGUGUUGGCUCAUGAGUUUGAAUCAAACAGGUGAGAACAACUAGUUUCUACAUUCGAAAAAUCUUUGUCGAGUAUUCUUUGAUUGACUAUAAAUACAGGAAUUGGUUACCGAAUGAUCUUUAGGUACUUGUAAAGUGUAAUGCCAUCAUCAUCUGUACUCGAGUCACCAUUAAAUCAUAACUUUGUUUCUUUUAGAAUGAAUCUUUUUCCUAGCAUUUA